CAGGAAAGAGAGCGAGAGAGAGAGAGAGAGUCUUAUAACAGCCAGUAGGCACUCCUUUAAGCUUCAUCUCCUGCUCCCAAUUUCUCCCACACACAAGGCAUAUCAAGGUCACAAUUGGUUGGAUGUCUUCUCAAUGGCUGAAAUCAAUGGAACACAGCUGGCUGUCCAUUCAGGAAACCGGCCGAUGACUGGCACCAACAGCUCUUGGCAAGAUGAGGCAGUGAGGGGGAUACAAAUAACAGCUACUCUGAUCAUCUUCCUGGUGGGCGUGCCUCUGAAUGGGCUAGUGGUUUGGGUCCUAGGACUGCGUAGUCGUCGCCACCUGCUCCGCAGAGGCAGCAAUGAGGAGACUCGAGCUGCCAGCAGUUUCCGACUUUACGUGAUUAACCUGGCCCUUGCUGACCUUGUGCUACUGCUGCGUACCCCGCUCAUGGUGGGCUUUUUGGCCAACAACAACAGCUGGCCUUUCAAUCGUGGUUUCUGCCAACUGAUCAUAUUCCUGCGAGGCCUGGGGUUAUACGCCUCCGCUUUCCUCCUCUGUGCUGUGGCCAUGGAACGAUGCCUGUGUCUGCUGAGGCCUGUGUGGGCUCGACUGCGUCGCCCUUACUGGGCUGUUCCUCUGGCAUGUGCCAUCUUGUGGGCGAUAGCCACAGUCUUGUCUGCCCCUUACUUCUACAGUGCCAACUUGCGGGAAAUCAACGGGACAUAUCUAUGCGUGGAGAGUUUAAAAUUUGAUAUGGGGCUGUUUGUCGUAGAAACAGUAGCCGGUUUCAUCUUGCCCUUUUUGGUGUUCUUGGGAAGUAACCUGGCGGUUUUAGUCACAGUUCGCCAGACAAUGCCAUCAACACCCACUUCUUCACACCCCUCAACAGCCCGCAGGAUGACCAGGAUGUACCAUAUUAUGUUCAUCACUAUGCUCCUCUUCAUCACCUGCUGGGUGCCCUAUUUUGUUUGUCGGUUCCUGAAGGCUUUGGCCAAGGGACAUUCUGACCGACUUGUGCUGUACGAAAAAGCAAAUUUUGGCACAUACAUAUCUCUGUACCUGGUGUACCUCAAGAGUGCUCUUAACCCCGUGCUGUAUGUGUUCGCUGCCCGAGGCUUAGGCAGUGCCAUCAAAGCUUCGCUUAUUUCCACUAUUGAACGACUUUUCAACGACGACUCCAUGGAGUCCAUACGACGAAAGUCCUUGAAGAACUCACUUAAGAAUUCACAGAUGUAGGCAAGAGGUUGGCAGGGUUUCAAUGUUGAAAUGUUUUUGAUCUUUUUAAAUGUGACCGAGAAUAUUUCAACCUUUAUCUCAUGAGAAAGUUGCUUGGGAGAUAAAAAGGUGAAAGAAAAACCCCCACAUACUAUCUUACUUGCUCUAAUAUAUUCAGUGGCAACAGUCUAUUCUGAAGCUUCAGGAGUCGGUUUUGAUGAUAGUCCAGCACUGAAUUGUUGCAAAUAUAUCCAUUGGACUGUGUUAAAUUUGUUUUAUGUUUUUAAAACGUGUCAAACAUUUGUUUCCAUUUUUGCAAUUUCUUGCUCUGUGAAUUUCAUAUACAGCAGUUUCUAUAUGUGGUGAUGCAAUCUGUGUUUGAUUUGAACUUAAAAGUCAUAGCAGUUUAAUUUUAGGAAAAACUUUUGUAAUUUCCCCCCUGAAACAAAAACAUUUUGCCAGGAGAAAAAUAUUUGUUGGCUUAAAAGGUUUUUUUUUUAAGAGAAGAAUUUAAGGAGCUAGAAACAUUUGUUUGAGCGCAUCAGGGAAUGACAAGUGAAUACCCAGAAUAAAUCAGGCAAACCAAAACAGCCUAGCAGUGACAAUAGAAACAAACUAAUCAAACAUUGAUGCAGCUGUGGUUUCUCUACAGUCAGCCAAGAACAAGAUACGUGGACACAAGUGUCAUCAGUGAAAGUAGAUGACUGUAGAUUCCAAAUAUGCUGAUACUGUUCCGGCACGUUAAAGGCCUGGUCAUAAAAAAAAAAAAAUUCAUGAAUCAUCUCGUCUGUUUAUUAGAGGGCGUGAGGAAACACCAUUAUGAUUAAAAAAAAUAAAAAAACAAGCCAAAGUCAACAACACGGCAUCAUUUCAUUACCACGACUUCCUGACCUGCAAGUGCGUCUCAGUAAGGUACAAUGUGCUAAUGAGAUCAAACUAUCAAUAUCCACAGUGGCUCAAAUGCAUGCCUUUGUUUAACUCGUGAGAUGUCCCCACUUCAACAUGUAUUGACUUACAGAUCUGGUACUAGAUGUGCUCAUAAAUCUUUUGAAUGUAAGUGUGCCUGGAGGCUCUCAGAGGACUGAAGCAGCAACAUGCUGAACAGGAAAUAUGUUGCAAGAUCAUUAUAUAGUACUGGAUGUGUGAUAAGCUAGCUUUAAUAUUGUUUGUUGUUCAUAAUAGCAAACCCCAUUCUGUCAUUGUUGACCUAAGGAAUGUAACUGUAACCAAUUGUUGCACAUUAAAACUUAUUUUCUGUAUUAAAAAGUACAAUAAAUAAUAAGAACCAUU